UUCACAAUGUCAUGACAACGGGUGUCAUAGCAACUGAUAUAAAUAACAUCGCAGUUCGAGUUCGGCUGUAUCGUCCACUGUCAGUUACGUUCCAUUUUCACAGAUUCUGCCUACCUUAACACGAAAAUUCAAAAUGAUGGCCUCAAAAUCACCUGUUCCUGCUGUUGAAGACAGACUGUCCCAUACACUUGCCCAUAACAUCCCCAACAGAACCAAAACAGACUUCUUAAGGCUUGUCAACCCUUCCAAAAAGACUUUGGGAUCACUGGAAGCAAAGCUCAUUUCUGGAGUACUAGAUGAUUGUAUCCAUCAACUGGAGAUAGUCUCUCUUCUACCCACUUUACUUAUCUGUCCAGAAACAUUUUCCCUAGACUUGGGAGAAGAGGUGGUCAGGGCCCUGAAAAAACAUUAUACUCUUGGAGAAAGGCACCAAGCUAUAAUGCUUGAUAAAAGUCUUGAUGCAAGUAAACUGGGGAAACAACAAGCCGAGUCAAUAAAGGCAGUUCAGGACUCCUUCCGUGACAUUCUGCGACAUCUUAGGAAGUGUUUGACAACUAGAGAGAUACUUAAAGAUGUAGAGCCUAACACAGAGGAAGAAAUAGUGUCUCAGAAGCUGAGAGACGGUCUGUGUGGGUUGAAGGAGGUUGUGCUGGAAAGGCUGCUUACAACCUCGGCAGAGGAGCAAGAACAUAGCCAGAUGAUGCAAGAAGUCAGUCUACAUCACCAUGUCAUCCUGGAGCUGAUAGACUCGCUGGACAAAGAGGUUGCCAUGGCAAUAGAAGACAGAGACACGGAGAUAUCUACGUUGACCCUGACAAUAAACCAGCUGAAGAGCUCACUGGAUGAAAUGGAAAAGGGCUUGGAGGAGUUUGUAGUCCGAACUCAACAGGAAGCUGAGAAACAGAACCAAUCGGAUAAGAAAACUUCAGAGGGGAGAAGGGCUCACGUGCAGCAGGAGGUCAAUCAAAUGAGAGCUCAACUAAAUGCUGUGAUUGCACAGUACAUGGAGAGAGAACUGAAGCUACGUACGAAGAAAUACAAGGAGGAAACUGAGAUCGAAAACUUGAUUCAGAAAUAUGAUGGUGAAAUGGGAGAGAAACAGGCCAAGCUGGAUGAAAUUACUCAAAGAUAUGAAGAAGAGAAGACAGAGCUGGGAGAGCUAGAGGAACUUGCUGCCGUUCUGGAACUAGAGUACUCUCAGAUUAUGGAGGAGCGACAGCAGGCUCAGAAGCAAAGGGAACAACAAGAGAGAGAAAGAGAGUUGCACAGCCAAGCCGCCGUUGUCAUACAGGCCUUCUGGAGAGGCUUUUGUGUGCGCAAGGCCAUGAAGGCCAAAGCAAAGCCUAAGAAAGGAAAGAAAGGAAAGGGGAAAAAAGGAAAAUAAAACUAACAGAUGAAAGCAGACCCACAAAUAAUUAUUUUACUUGAUGAAUACCAUGACAUAAGUCUGCUGACUUGUAAAGCAUUCAGAAAUAAAUAUUACUAUUUAAUAAGGAUAAAACCUAAUGUAUGACAUUUUAUUCCACAUGAAUGUUUUGAUAAUAGUUUACAAUUUAAUUAAUAGGGAAAACAUGGGCCUUUUAAUUAGUAACCCUUUUUAACCUCUAUAUAGUUUCUCUGCUGUCUCUCCCACCCCAGUGCACAAUCCUUUAAAGGUGGCAAGAUACUGAUGAAAUGCAUUUAGUCACAUCUGGUUAUUUUUGUGGACAUUUAGACCUAACUUCUCGUUUCAUGUUAUGGAAUGGCCUCUCAUUUUAUCUGUACCAGUCCGAACCAGGAAAUAGUUAUGAAUCUGAAAAAAAAUGUAAAAGAUUAUCUUAUUAAAGCAGUAACAGCAGUUAAAAAUUGGAGAUAUAAUUGUGAUAAAAUUUGUUUGUCACACUUUUAAACUUUUAUAACUGUACUGUAAAAUGUACUGUACCUCCUUUUAAUUUCUUUCAUGUCAUGCACUACUGUUCCAUUUUAUAUCCAGUUUAGUUCUAAUUUCACAAUACCAAGUAAAUACUAAGUUGUCUUGUUUUGUAUUUCUUGUGUUUUUU